AUGCCCCACGCAGAGAAAGCAACCAUGGGAGAGGUAACUGUCAACGGUGAAAAGCUCCAUCACUCGCAGUUCCUGGAUCACCUCACCUCCUAUCCCAUCAUCUCCGACUCCAUCGCAACCUUCAAGAGCAACAAGUAUGGCGCCAAGUCGCUGCACUACGCAGACCAAGGAUACACCCGUCUAGCCAAGCCCGUCCUACCCUAUCUAUCCAAGCCAUAUAGCUAUGUGUCACCGUACCUGGCCAGAGCGGAUACUUUGGGCGACAAGGGGCUGUCUCGGAUUGACAUGCGGUUCCCCAUCAUCAGGGAGGAUACGGAAAAAUUGAGGACUACGAUUUAUGAGGGUGCGCAGGGGUCCGUUCGCAUUGUGGUCGAUGCGAAGGGUCACAUUGUCGAGCUUUACGGGUCUGAGUAUAAGAAAUGUGGUGGGGAUGGGUAUGUUGCGAGCGGCAAGGCCGUUAUCACUACCGGACUUAUCUUGUCACAAGAGUCGUUGGCCUAUGUUAGCUCUUUGUUGCAGACGAAGAAGGAGCAGGCUAAGGAUGCUGUGCAAGAGAAGGACAAGUCGAAUACUGAGUGA